UGCGCCGCACAACCCGGAAGUGUUUGAGCUGAAGCGACCAGAGGAGAAGUGGAUUUGUUUUGCUGAGUUUAUUUGUUUUUUGAGAACGAAUUCGUGUACAUUUUUCGUGUUAUGUUUUCUGCAGCUUUAAGUAGUGAAUGUGUAAAGUGUUUGUCUGUGAUUAAUGUCGAUAUUCCGUGUAAAGUGUGAUGUUAAAGCUCACCAUCACUCUGUUUGUGCUGGUAGUGGAGAGUGUAUCCUCUAAUGGUUCAGGAGUGUGUGAGAAUAAUAUAAAAUUAUUUCAAAACAGAGUGUGUGGAAUCUGUGUUAAAAGCUAUCAUGAUGAUGAAGAUAAGAGCUUUAAUCCUCCCAAACAUGCACUGAAACUUUCAGCUCAAAAACUCUUAGACUCUCUCCCGCUUGAUGAAGUGAAGGAUGACGCUGUUCGUACGGUGAAGAGAUGUGUGUUUUCUCUGUCACAGCCCACAUCACUGAGAGGAGAACUUCAGCUCGCUGCUGUAUCACAGGACGUGCUGAAGAACAUCUUGGACCUGGACGAGUCUGUGACCCGAAGUGAAGAUUUUGUGCAGCGUGUCAGCGGAGGGAAACUGUUUCCCGGCUCUGUUCCUCUCACUCACAGAUACGGAGGCCAUCAGUUUGGUUACUGGGUGGGGCAGCUGGGAGACGGGCGAGCACAUUUACUAGGCGAAUACACAAACAGAAAGGGUGAGAGAUGGGAGCUGCAGCUCAAAGGCUCUGGGAAAACUCCAUACUCAAGGUCUGGAGACGGGCGUGCGGUGCUGAGAUCGUCUGUUCGAGAGUUCCUGUGCAGCGAGGCCAUGCACUUCCUCUCCGUCCCCACCAGCAGAGCUCUCAGCCUAGUGGUGAGUGAGGAAGCCGUGUGGAGAGAUCAGUUCUAUAAUGGCAGUGUGAGGAGAGAGAGAGGAGCUGUUGUCCUUCGUCUAGCACCGUCAUGGUUCCGAAUCGGCUCUCUGGAGAUUUUAGCCAGAACUGGAGAGCUGGAUAUUCUGAGGACGUUGUUAAAUUUUGUAAUAGAAGAGCAUUUUACAGCCAUCGAAUUCACCGACCCGAACAAAUACGUGGAGUUUUUCUCAGUGGUGGUGAAUGAAACCGCACACAUGAUCGCGAAGUGGAUGUCUGUCGGCUUCGCUCAUGGUGUGUGUAACACGGACAACUUCAGCCUUUUGUCCAUCACUAUAGAUUACGGUCCAUUUGGAUUCAUGGAGUCGUACAACCCGAAUUUUGUGCCGAACUCGUCUGAUGAUGAGGGCAGGUACAGUAUCGGAGAACAGGCUAACGUGGGCCUGUUUAACCUCCAGAAGCUUCUUGAGGCUCUUCACCCGGUGCUUUCUCCACGUCAGAGAACACAAGCUGAGCGAAUACUAAGAAGAUAUCCAGAAAUCUACCACAGAAGGUUUCAUGACCUUUUCAAAGCAAAGUUGGGCCUCCUCGGUGAUGACGAGGGUGAUGCGUAUCUCAUCGCCUUUCUUUUAAAGCUAAUGGAGGACACACGUGCAGACUUUACCAUGACGUUCAGACAGCUGAGUGACGUGAGUCUGCUCGAGCUCCAGAAGAACUCCAUCACUCAGACUAUGUGGGCUCUCUGGGAUCUUUCCUCUCAUGAUUAUUUCUCAGACUGGGUUAAACUUUACUCACAGAGAAUUAAAAGUCAGGUGGACAAUUCAGAAGAGAAUCGGCGUCACAGGAUGAGAGGAGUUAAUCCACGCUACGUGUUGAGGAACUGGAUGGCCGAGUUGGCUAUUAGGAAAGCAGAGAAUAACGACUUCUCUGAGGUGGCGGUGUUGCUUCACACGCUGACUGAACCCUUUGUGGAGAAUGAGAAAGCAGAGAGAGCGGGUUACUCCAGCAGACCUCCAGCCUGGGCUUCAGAGCUGAGGGUCAGCUGCUCUUCCUGAUCUUCCUCAUCUAUACACCUACCUCUAGGUCCUUUUUUUUUUUUUUUUUUUUAAAUAUAUAAUUUUUAGAUGGAAGCAAAAAAAGAGUCAUAAAGAUUGAAUUUGAAUACUGAGUAAUUAAACACUGAAACUAGUUGAGUAUACUGUAGAUGUUAAUCAAGUUUAAAAUGAAAGUGAAUUUCUGAAUAAUGAAUCUUUAAAGUGAAUAAGUGAAUCUCUGAACAGUGAAUCUUUAAAGUGAAUAAGUGAAUCUCUGAACAGUGAAUCUUUAAAGUGAAUCUCUGAACAGUGAAUCUUUAAAGUGAAUAAGUGAAUCUCUGAACAGUGAAAUAAAACUACUUUGAAUUUAAAAGAGGUUCAUUCAAAACAAAUAAUAAAUACAGAUGUGUAGUUGUCUGUGGAAAAUAUUUUACCAUUCAAAUCUGUAUGUCUCUUUUCUGCUUCCAUACCUUUACAGCAUUUUACUGACCUUAUCAGUAGCGGCUCGUCCAUAGGGUCAGGUGAUGCAGAUUCCCACCAUUCAUAUCAGCUGUUCAACAAAUAUUAAUCUUCAUAAAGUUUAAAUACCAGUUACCUCUUUUGAGUGACCAAAUGACUUAAAAAAAUUGUUGUUAUUUGACAUAUGUAAGCCAAUGUUCUGCUGAUUUGCUGGUCUUUAGCACCAUAGAGUUAUUAUUGCAGCUAGUGGUCAAAAAUGGGAACUACAGCAAGCUCUAACAGGGAAUUUAUAUAUUUGUGUAAAGCUGUUUUGUGACAAUGUCCAUUGUUAAAAGCACUAUACAAAUAAAAUUGAAUUGAAAUUGACUUAACAGAGGCCUUUUGGGGCAGGAAUCACACUGCCUCAUGCUCAGGGGCGGAGCAGAGGCCAGGGCAGUUAAUGACAGGGUUGCCAGGUUGUGCUAGUUGAAAUAACUCUGCAACCACCAAAUCUUGUUUUAUAGCAAAUAAGCAGAAUUAAACCUAAUACAUUUCCACAAACAAAGGCAAAAUGUAAGUACAGACUGUGUGUCUAUGAUGUACAGAACCAUUUCUACUAUUAGAUGUAUUGCAAAGGUUAAGAGAACAAAGGGGAGAUGGAUAUGGAGUGGAUAAUGUCUGUAACAUCAGAAAUACAUGUGUGUUACUUGUUUCCCCAUGCAAAGGCUGAAAAAAGAAGAAAAAUGUGUGUCUCUUUCCUAAUUCCUGAUUUUUUUUUCCCGGCUAGUUUCUGGUCUUUUGUGUGGUUUUUGAGAUGUUUUUGGGCUGGUAAUUUUGCUGAAACCUGGCAACCCUGGUUAAUGACAUUAUCUCAAACACAGUACAUCUAAAAUCAAGCUGCUAGACUGUACGCUGGAUGACUGUAUGUCAUCGACUCUACCUAUUAAAGGGUUUCUCUAAAAAUUCCCUAGAUAAUAACCUGUAAUAUAAGCUGCUUCUGGUCUUUAUGGAAUUUUUGCUGUUCAUGCGCUCCAAAAAAAAGACAAAUGAUAUGAUUUAAGGCACAUACAGUGUGAAUAUAACGCAUCUUUCUGUUUUGUAUAAAUUUGUAUAGAAGUGGUGUAUAA